GCGAGUUCCUGGGUGUGUGUGUGUGUGUGUGUCUGGGUCUGUGUCUGGCCGCGGCGCGCGGCCGCCCAUCAGCGCUGGACAUUGCCGUCCGAGGCAUCACGACUGUCACUGCCAGCCUAACCCCCCGAAGCCGCUUCUAGAGGGGACCAGACCUGGCCUUUCGCCAGGUGAAGAAGAUGCUGCCACUGUCCAUCAAAGACGAUGAAUACAAACCACCCAAGUUCAAUCUGUUGGGCAAGAUCUCCAGCUGGUUUAGGUCCAUCCUGUCGGACAAGACCUCCCGGAACCUGUUUUUCUUCCUGUGCCUGAACCUCUCUUUCGCUUUUGUGGAACUUCUCUACGGCAUCUGGAGCAACUGUUUAGGCUUGAUUUCCGACUCUUUCCACAUGUUUUUCGAUAGCACUGCCAUUUUGGCUGGAUUGGCAGCUUCUGUUAUUUCAAAAUGGAGAGACAAUGAUGCCUUCUCUUACGGGUAUGUUAGAGCAGAAGUUCUGGCUGGCUUUGUCAAUGGCCUGUUUUUGAUCUUCACUGCUUUUUUUAUUUUCUCAGAAGGCGUUGAGAGAGCGUUAGCACCUCCAGAUGUACACCAUGAGAGACUGCUGCUUGUUUCCAUUCUUGGCUUUGUGGUAAACCUAAUAGGAAUAUUUGUUUUCAAGCAUGGAGGUCAUGGACAUUCUCAUGGCUCUGGCCAUGGCCACAGUCAUUCCCUCUUUAAUGGAGCUCUAGAUGCGGCACACGGCCACGGAGACCACUGUCACGGUCACGAACUGAAACAUGGUCCUGCACAUAGCCAUGGUCAUGGGCACGGACAUGGGCAUUCUCAUUCUCACGAUGGUCCCUCUUUAAAAGACACACAAGGACCCAGCAGACAGAUUUUACAAGGAGUAUUUUUACACAUUCUAGCAGAUACACUUGGAAGUAUUGGUGUAAUUGCCUCUGCCAUCAUGAUGCAGAAUUUUGGUCUGAUGAUAGCAGAUCCUAUCUGUUCAAUCCUGAUAGCUUUCCUGAUAGUUAUAAGUGUUAUUCCUCUCUUAAAAGAAUCUGUUGGAAUAUUAAUGCAGAGAACUCCUCCCUUGUUGGAAAAUGCUUUACCCCAGUGCUAUCAGAGGGUGCAGCAGUUACAAGGAGUUUACAGUUUACAGGAGCAGCACUUCUGGACUUUAUGUUCUGAUGUCUACGUUGGGACCUUGAAAUUAGUAGUAGCUCCUGAUGCUGAUGCCAGGUGGAUUUUAAGCCAAACACAUAAUAUUUUCACUCAGGCUGGAGUGAGGCAGCUUUAUGUACAGAUUGACUUUGCGGCCAUGUAAUGAGUGAAAUUAUGCUAUACUUUUCUUUCGGACCAAAUUAUUCUGGUACUGUACAAUCCAAAACAUUGUACCCAGCUUCUUAACAAUAGAGGAAACAUCACUACAGCUGCCGGGCACCAAGCAGACCAGGUAGUGUCAGGUGUUCGGGUCCUGCCGGGAGUUCACAGCUAAGGGAUAAGAACUGAGAGGAUAUUUCCUGGACUUUUGGUCUUGUCUUUUGUGCCCCUCCAUUGUAAACCAUUUUGAUUUCUGAGAUUCCUGAUUGUGUUUCAGAGUGUUGGUUUGUGUGUUUUUAGUUCUUUGGGUUUUCAUUUUGUGUGUUUUUUAAUUCCUUCCUUUCUUUUUUUCAUUUAUUGCUUUGUUUUUGUUUCUUGUUGAAUGUCCUCAUUCCUAUUCCCUCACCACAGUCAGUAAGAAAUUCAGAAUGGGCUUCCAAUCAUCUGGAACGUCUUUACAGAAGCUGCUGGAAACCACUGCUUUCAUUUCCACAAAACCAGUGUUAGUUUAAAAAACAACAAAAAAAAAAGAAAGAAAUUGUUUUAUAUGCAAUGUCACAGUUGUUGACAUUCAUUGGUAUAAUCAUAUGUUUGUUAAAUCGUUUGUUCCUCGCAAACUUAUGAACCAAACCAUAUUGGGUUUUCAAAGUGCCUUUGUAUCAGAAAAUGUUUGCCAGCAUAGAAUUGUACCAUCAAAGGUCCCAUGUAUUUUUUUUUAAUGGAUAUUGUGUAAUCUGUACAAAACAAGACUCUUAUUAGCAGUGUAUACAGAUUAUCUUUUUGUGUACUUCCAACAUAGAUUUAGAUAUAUAAAGAAAGUUUCCAUUUUUGUCUUAUCUCAACAAAAAAAUAAAAGGUUCUAUUUUGCUUUUUAAACAAACUAUUAUCACAUUAAAUUACUUUGUGGACUAUGUAUGCAAAACUUUGCAAAUACAUCUGUUAUACAGAAAGUUAUUUUGACACAAAGCAGCUGCUAAAUUCCAAAUUUCUUUAAAUCUGUGCUUUUGGCAAACGGUCCUAUAUCUCUUCUUGCCAUUUUUAUGGAUUUUAUUCAUGGAAGGAAAAAGCAAUGUAGACUAAAAUAAGGAGUAGCUGUGAUAGUGUGCUUUUGCUUUUUCGUUCCUCACAUGCCAAGUUACAUGAUUUGUUUUCCUGUUUAAGCUUUGCACAAAUCCAAUUGCUUUCCAGAAUCCUAUAGCAGCAUUUGAUUGUGUUUGAACUAUUAAAGGUACGGAGCAAAUGUGGUGAUGUAGAACUCUUCCUAAGCAGGUAUCAAAGGGGUGAAUAAUAAAUAAGUUUAUUUCCUAGAUUCUUAUGUAUUUGAAAAAUAAAAUUACAAUUUGAGGUGAUAAAUGCUUGAAUACACUACUUAAGUAUUCUGCGUUUUUAUAAAGAUGUAUUGAUCUGGAUAAACAUUUUUCCCAUGUACUUCUUAUCACAACAUAUAUUCACUUUUAACUUUAAAAAAUUGAGAGUAUUGGAGAAAAAACACUGCAGGGCAGAAAUGAUUGUUAGUAGUCUAAGCAAAUAAUAAGCACUUUUUCAAUGCCGUGGCAGAAAUUACAGUUGAUCUUGUCAGUCUUAAUGUUAUUCCUUCUUUUAUUCUUGCUCACAACUUAUGAACCGUUAGUAAAGUUAGACCAUUUCCUUCAUGCUUCUCUGAACCUUCAGAUUGCCAAGGACUUUUUUUUUUUUGUCAAUAGUCAAAUUGACAGAUAAAGUAAUAGUUUCUACAACAUGUUUGCUUAAUGGCACUUCUAGAACAAAGAACUCCUGCAGUCAGCUAUAUGUGUCUGAAACAAUUGUUUUCACAUCGUCUAGAAAGGAAAGCACUGAAAGAAAUGUCUCAAGAAUGGUAGUGUUUUCUCUGGAAGUUUGCAACCUCACCUACCACAUCCUAUAAACUAGAAUAUUCUGUUGGUUUGGCAUAUUAUAGGAAAUGAUAGAUCUAGAAAAGGCAGUGGUUUUGGUCUGUCAGUUUUACCAGUGUAGUUUGAAAAUCUAAUUGUGCUUUUAACUGAGCCCUCCAAUCCAAGUUUUUGUCAAAAUGAAUACGCAUACUCUGGUUAUUCUCUCAAUGCAUUAAGGCAUGUUUUUUUUUCUUUGAUAAGGAAUGUUAGACACAUAUGAAACCACUUUGUACUGGUUGUAAGAAGUUGACAGCUUAUAAUUAUUUCAUAGGUUGACAUUAACAUUCUUGCUUUAAUUAAAUGUUAGUAUGUGCACGACCCUGAACAUUUUAUUGGGGGAAAAAAAAAAGGUUUUUAUUCCUGGAAAUACUUCAUUUUAUCAGUGUUAUUGGCACAGAUGUUUUACUGAAGUAGAAAAGUUCACUGAGAAGUACCUGAUUGCUCUUAAACUUAGAUAACCCUUAUGUUGAGUUUAAUCUUGCUCUGAGAAAUUUUACUUUGCCAGCUAAACUGCACCAAAGAGGAAUAUACUUAAACAAAUUUCAUUAAAAAAUCCAUAUUAAAUUGUUCAAGAUAAAGGGUUUAGCAUUUGCAUAACUGUCUCAAUUUGCUAACACCCUCUGCGUUUUUUGUCAAGGACAGUAUCUAGUUUACCUGUAGGUCAUGAUCCACCAUGCUUUCAUAUCAUUCUUGUGUUUUGGAAGGAUAAAGAAGGCUUACCACAUGUCACUCGCAUCGUGGGAUCCCUUGGACCUGGAAGGUUUCCAUAACCUUUAAAGUCUACAUAUAAUUAUCAGUAACCAAAGUACUGUGACUUGUGCACUUUUGUAAAGCAGCCAGAUCACUCGUUGAAAAUGAAAUUGAUCAGAGUUCUGUGAUGUUUUUAUCUACUAUGAAAUAAGCAGUUUUUACACAUACUCUUCAUAUGGUGUCACCUGUUAUGUAAUGUUAGAAUUAAAGAAUGAGAAUAUCUUAACCUAGAAUUUUACAUCUAAGCAAGGACCGUCCUUAGAAGCAAUCUAGCUCUACCUCUGAUUUUUCUUAUGAGGAAAUUGAAGGCCUGAGGGGCGCCCAUUCAUUUAAGACCACAGAUAAUUAGUUGCAAAGUCAGAACUAGAAUUCAGACCUUUGGACUCCAAGUUCUUUAUUGUAGAUUGUGCUAUCUUUUCAGUAUAGAAUCUGCCUUUCUAUAUAUAUUACAUGAUCAAAUAUCAUUUGUAAAAAGGGAUAUCUGACCUCCAUUUUUGAUACAUUAAGGCACUUUAUAAAUGGAGUUUUAUUCUCUUUAUAUGUAAUUAAGAGAUUUAAAAUAUUAUUUCCAUAAUAUUCUUUAUGGAACAUGUUAUGAUUAGUUUUUCUGUUUUUCACUUGUGUGAAACUUGUCCUAACUCUAAAAAUCAUGGCAUUUCUAAAAUGGACACCUCUAACUUGUGAGUAGGCUUCUCUUUAAAAUGCCCAAGGCUUAGUACAAAUUAAGUGUUGCUUAGUUUGUAGAUUUCAUUUAUUCGAUGUUAAUCUUGUAUAUUUUAAAAAACUAGGUUGAUUCACUGGUCCUAUCAUUUCAAUUUUUCCACUUUGCUUUUUAUUCACAACAACUUUUUACAUUUUAAAAUUUUUGAGUCAUGCAGAAUUGCACAUUAAAAAUUGUAUAGAAUGAACCUUUUAAUUCAGUGGGAUAAAAUUCUGAAGUCUUAUCAGGAUUAUAUAUGCCAACUGACUACUUUCAAGUCAUCAUGAAAGCAUUGUCUUGGGAAAGUUAAAUUUCUGUUUUCUAUUUUAUAAAAACUCACUAUCUUUGAAAAAUAUUAUUUUUCAAUUCACAAGAACUUGAUUUUACAAAAACUAUUUCAUCCUUUGAGGAACAUUUAAUAAAAGCUUGAUUAGAAGAUUAUUUCAAGACAUGAUCCCCUGGAAACUGUAGUGACUGAGAUCUUAAUCACAGAAUCAAGAAGGAGAUUCAGUGAAAAAUUAUGUAUUCAAAAGUAUCUGCAGAAAAGGAACAGAGAAAUAUAAUUUUCAAAAGUCAAAUGGAUACAAGUCUGUUUUGAUGAGGGUGUCUUUGGUUUAUAUUUAACUACUUCCCAUCUGUAAAUUAUACAGAAAACAAGAGUCAGGAAUAACCUUUUUCUAUGUUUAUGUUCCAGUGACUUCUUAGGGCCCUUUUCAUGUUAUUGCAUGUAUGUGUCACUUUUCUUCACAGAAAUAAUUUUAUAUGACUUAAUUAUGAUUGACAAAACAUUUGCAAAUAUACCUUUAGUUCAAAUUUUUUUAAUAUCCUUGUAGCAAAGGAAUUCUAAUCCUCAUUUUACAGAUGAUGAGGCUGUUUCUAGAAAAUUUGCAUGGAUUGAAACAAAUCUAAAUAGACAGCUAAAAACCAGUGGACACUGAUUUUAACAAAAUUUAUAUGGGAGAACACUUAAUAUUCCUUGUUUAGGAUUUCCUCUUUCAAUAUUUUCCUACACUUAUUUCCUGGCCUUUGCAUUGAUCUAAAACUACUGAGUAAAAUAACCUUCAAAACUCUGUCAAGAGCUUUUAUUAAGGUCACUAAAAAAACAAAAGCAUUAGAAGCUUUUAUUUGACAGUCAAAAGAGGCAGCUGCUUAAGGAACUGACACAGAAGGUAGUUCCCGCCACACCAAUAUGAGCAGAGAAGUUGACCUUAUACAUGGGAGACCCUACCUCAGGUUAUUAGGAAACAGUUUGCCAAGGAGAGGGUUAUUAGCUGUGAGGAUUGAAAAUCACAUGUCAUACAUACAUUUUCAAAAAGAAGGAACUCAGUUUUAUAGACAGUAAAAGUUUUGUUUAAAAUUGUUAUUUAACUUUGAACUCCUGCCACAGCUUUGAAAUUUUAUUGUUUGUAAUUUUGGUCAUGAUGUAGAAAAUUUCUGAAAGACUUUUGCCUUGUGCAUCCCAUCUCUCCCCAAGUUAGCAUGAAAGUACACUUACAUACUCAACAAAUGUUGAUUAGCUCCUGAGUAAAUACUGUAGACAGUGGUAGAUACGAAAGUGAAGGGCUAGGGGCAGGUCAAAUGUGUAACUUUAUUAUGGAGGGCCUCUCAGCAUUUAUUUGGGCAAUUCUGCAUAAGCAUGUGAGCUUAUUUUUAUUUUUCCUGUUUUUUUUUUUCCCCAAGUAGCCCCAUGAGCUGCUUCUAAUUUUUACUAUACAAACAGUGGAAAUUUAAAGAUGCUAAGCCUUUUUUCAUAUGCUGGACAGGAAUUGGCAGAACUGGAGCAGCAGAACCUGGGUCACUUGAAUUUUUAUAUCUGUCUGAAGAGCCAAAUCGGGAACUAUGUCAUCUACUUGCUUCUUACAUAAAAUUGCCAUAUUUCCAUUAUUUUAAGGGCCUAUAUAUGUCUUCAAUAUCAUUUGUCCCUAAUGUGUUUCUAGAAACUCUUUCAGAGGUAACUUCUUGAAGGUGCUUCUAUAAAAAUAGUAAAACAUGAGUUCACUGCGUGAUUUAAAUAUUCCUGCAAUGUCUGCCAUUUUUUCUUUUCCAUUCUAUAUAAUAAAUUGUAGCAGCUUCUUUGUAUUUUUAUUUUCAUUAUUGCUUUCACUACAAAUCUUUUACCAUUAAAAAAUAUAUGUUUUAGAUUUUAUUAUUUGCUUGUGAUCCCUCCUAGAUUGUACAUUACUCACUGAAGAGUCCAUCUUGAACUAGUUGUCUCCUGUCAGUAGUCUGCCCCAUAAUUUCAUUGUUUCCCCUGUUAGCCACAAACUCGGUGAUAUAUUUUUCCCAAAUGAUAUUUCCCUGCCAAUUUUUUGUGUGCUGAUAAAUGAAUAAAAUGUGUUUUUUUAUAUUGGAAAUACUGUGAAAGAUAAGUUGCCAAAUCCCCUUUCUGGUAUAUCCUAAACACUCCUAAAACAUGUUACCUCCCUGCCUUUAAUGGUUUUUAAACAUAUGGCCAAGAUUGUAUUUGGGUUUAAUCCCUCUGGUGAAGAUUAAGGCAUCAAAACAUUUCUAAAAAUGUUUGAGUGCAAGGCUAAAUUGGAAUGUCAGAUUUCGAAGACUGUAUUGUAAUUUGGUUUACAUAUGUUAAAGCAAGCAAUUAUGAUUUGCCUAAGUGCAAUACAACAAAACUAUUAUGUAUACUUCACCUUUUUCUACUUGAACACAUUCACGUUUUAUUCAACCUCAGAUGUAUUUAAAAAGCAUCAAACAAUUGUGUCAAAAUUCUUUCAAUAAAAUUUCUGUUUAAAAAUC